AUGGCAUAUAUAUUGAAUGUUAAAUUACGCAACGAAUUAUGUUCAUUUGCCAGUGUAUUCAAAGAUUUGGUAGCAGAAUUAAAUGAAACGGAAGAUGAUAUCGUAUGUACAAAGGACCGUAGUAAUCAAACAAAUCAAUAUAAGAGUUCAACUAGACCCGAAAACAACAUGCAUAAAAAAAUAUCGCAAAUAAUAUUUGGUGAAACGGCAUCGACUGAAAUAGAGCGUAUAUAUUUACAUGCUGCGGAAAAGGGUGACCUAAUUGUCCUCUGCAAGAUAAUAGAAGAUAGUCCUAGCCUGAACCUCAAUUGCGUAGAUAACUUAGGCAGAAGUGCAUUGCAACUGGCAGUGUUGGAAGAGAAAAGCGAUAUGAUAGACUUUCUUAUCCCACGGAUGCAGUUGCAAAAAGUACGAGAAGCCUGGCUACACGCCAUUGAUAAAGGCAACGUGCACAUCUGCGAGCAAAUCUUGUUGCACCCAUUCCAUAAAAAUACUAGAGUUAAGAACCAACUUCUCGGCAACGAUUCCUUCUAUAGUAUGGAGACAGAAAACUUGCAAUUUUCCGCUGAUAUGUCGCCAAUUAUACUGGCUGCCCAUAGAAACAAUGUGAAACUUAUCCAACUGCUUUUGGCUAAUGGGGCCAUAAUACCUCGACCUCAUUGUUACGACUGUAAAUGUAUAAGUUGCAAUAAUCAGCGAACAUUCGACUCCGUAAGACAUUCGCUCUCCAGGCUGAACGCUUACAAAGGUCUAGCGAGUCCGAUCUAUAUAAGCCUCUCUAGCAACGAUCCUCUCAACACAGCUUUUGAACUCAGCAAGGAGCUUGCCGAUUUGUCAAAAGUCGAGAAGGAAUUUAAAAUGGAAUACGUCAAUCUCAGCAACCAAUGCAAAGAUUAUUCUGUUGAUCUUGAGAACCUAUGCCGAUCCACCGAUGAAGUAUUGACCAUCCUAAAAGGAAAAUCCCUACCAAAACCUAACAAAUUCUUUAAAGACAAGGACAAUAACUACAUGAUAAAUAUAGACACUACCGACGACGAUGAGAUAAAUGGUUCGGAAUUAAAUAUGCUCAAAAUCGCCAUCAAAACCAAACAGAAAAAAGGCCUGUUCGAAAUUAGGUAUUCAACGGAGCGGGCGAUCAGAGGAGCAUCUUUGAAUGCUGGAAGCGGGACGACAAAGGGUGGAUGGGCAGUUGCUGUUCCAAAAGGUGAAGGACUGCAAGAGUUUAUAUCGCAUCCUAGUUGCCAGCAACAAUUGACAAUAUUCUGGUACAAGGGCUUCACAUUUUGGCAACAUUGUCAUUCGAUGGGAAAGAUAACUAUAAUCAUACUCGCGGGGAUUUUCAUUCCUUUGCUGGUUCUUGCCUAUUUCAUCGUCCCCAUUAAACAAUUUCGUAGAUUUUUGCAGAGUCCCAUCAUGAAAUUCUUGAUGCACGCUACGUCCCAAGUAUUUUUCUUACUUUUCUUAGGACUUUUGAGUGUAAGAAACGAUGAUCUGUUCCGAAAAAUGUUGGGCUUGCCACUCAAGAAAACAUACUCCAAUAAAAACGCUAAUGAAGAAACAGCAGAGGCUCAAUACCUUUAUAUGUUAGGAAUCAUUCAUUUCCUCGUCAUAUUAUGGGUCAUAGGUUUUUUGGUCAAUGAAGUGAACCAAAUAUAUAAUGAAGGACCUCUCAACUACCUGACCGAUUGGUGGAAUUAUUUGGAUUUUAAUCUCAUCGUUCUAUACGUUGCCGCUUACGCUACACUUAUCACGAUAUACUUUAAAACUUACAAUAAAAUUAAUUACAUGACCGUUCAGGAAUUUUUGUCUGAUAUCGAAGGUCGCAACGGAAGAAGACCCGAAUCCUUAGAAACGCCUGUAGCCAUUUUUAAUGUAUUCUUUUCGUUCGCAAACGUAAUGAGUUUCAUGCGUAUGGCCUACUUCUUACCUGCUAGCGAACAAGUCGGUCCACUGCAAAUCAGCCUAGGUCGGAUGCUAGAUGAUAUAGUUAAAUUUGGGUUUAUUUUUGUGCUUGUUUUAACUGCCUUCAUUUGCGCUAUGACAAACUUGUACGGCAUGUAUGGUAAAUAUAGCAACGAAGAAAUUAAAGAUAGUUUUACAUCAUUGGAAGGCACUUUCCGGAUACUAUUUUGGUCCACUUUCGGCAUGGGCGAUCCAAAUACCCCCAAAUUCGAUGACAAGCCGAUUCUUUUAAUACAGAAUUCGGGUUACAUCCUGUACGGAAUGUACACAGCUAUCACUAUUGUGGUGCUCGUUAAUAUGCUUAUAGCUAUGAUGGCUGAUUCCUUUCAACAAAUUAAAGAUGACGAAGACGUUGAAUGGAAAUACGCUCGUACUAAGCUUUGGAUGUCCUUUAUCCAGGAACGAGAAUAUUUGCCCAUCCCGUUUAACUUGCUCCCAUCACUCGAUUUCUUGAGUGGAAUUUUAUAUGCAGUGGCUGAAUUUGUUAAGCAUGUUAGUUUGUUCGUGGUACAAAAAGUAUCAUUUCUUCACGAAGCUAACGACCCCAAGCAUUACAACAAAAAGCGCAAAUAUGCCUUGACCAAUGGGAUGAAACGUGGAAAUAUGCUGAAUGGAAUUAUUGAUGAAAAAUAUGAUAUUAUAAUGCGAAAAAUUAUAAGACGGUACUUGCAUUCUAUCCUUUAUUCUGGAAUUCAACAAAAUAAUGACUUCAAAUACACCAUGCUAAAGCAAACAAGCGAAAAAAUAAGAGGCGAUAUCAACGAGCUUAAAAGUAUGCUCCAAGAAUUCCUCGAUAAUAAAUGCUAUAGCAGCAACAAGGCAACCUACAAUAUAGGAGAAAAAGAAAUGACUUCAAUAUAA